UAGCAGUCUCCCUGUCGCCCCUCGGCAUUGCUGUUUAAAUACGGACAAGGACAGGACUCUGUCUUCUCAGCCUCUGCCUCCACCGCUGGCCCAGGAACCGAGUCGAUAAUGUCAUCCACUAUCUCCCGGGGCCUCCUGCUCCUGGUGGGCCUGUGCUGCCUGUUCUUCAGUUCCCUGGCUGAGGACACUGAGGCAACAGAGGCUCCUAGCCAUGUCCAGGAGCACCUCACCUCCCACAAGAUCACCCCAAGUCUGGCUGACUUUGCCCACAGCAUGUACCGGGUGCUGGCUCAGCAGUCUAACACCAGCAACAUCUUCUUCUCCCCUGUGAGCGUUGCCAUAGCCUUCGCCAUGCUCUCCCUGGGGACCAAGGGGGACACUCACGCCCAGAUCCUGCGGGGCCUAGAGUUCAACCUCACGGAAAUAGCUGAGGCUGACAUCCACGAGGGCUUCCAGAACCUUCUCCACAUCCUCAACAGGCCCAACAGCAAGCACCAGUUGACCACUGGCAAUGGCCUCUUCGUUAACAAGAACCUGAAGCUCUUGGAGAAGUUCUCAGAGGACGUCAAAAACAUAUACCACGCAGAAGCCUUCCCCACCAACUUCGAAGACUCUGCAGAGGCAGUAAAACAGAUCAAUGCCUAUGUGGAGAAGGGAACCCAAGGAAAAAUUGUAGAUUUUCUGAAAGACCUGGACAAAGACACGGUCCUUGCCCUGGUGAAUUAUAUUUUCUUUAGAGGCAAAUGGGAGAAACCCUUCCAGCCUGAGUCCACCGCAGAAGAGGACUUCCACGUGGAUGAGAAGACCACCGUGAAGGUGCCCAUGAUGCGGCGUGUGGGCAAUUUCAGGGUGUUUCACUGCAGCACCAUCCAGAGCUGGGUGCUGCUUAUGGACUACGAGGGCAACAUCACUGCCCUCUUUCUCCUGCCAGACGAGGGGAAGAUGCAACACCUGGAGGAAACACUCUCCAAGGAGCUCAUCUGCAAAUUCCUGAACAAGAAAGAGAAGAGCACUGCCAACAUACAUCUCCCCAAACUGUCCAUUUCCGGAACCUAUGACCUGAAGACAGUCCUGGGCAACUUAGGCAUGACCAACGUCUUCGGCAACAGUGCUGACCUCUCAGGGAUCACGGAGGACGGUCCCCUGAAGGUCUCCAAGGCUACACAUCAGGCGAUGCUGACCAUCGAUGAGAAAGGAACAGAGGCUGCAGGGGCCACAGUGGUGGAGGCUGUAUUCAUGUCUGUGCCCCCCGAAGUGCACUUCAACAGGCCCUUUGGCAUCAUCAUCGUCGACCACUCCACCGGAAGCCCCCUCUUUGUGGGGAAAGUGAUGGAUCCCACACAAAAGUAACCGCUCUCAGGCUUCUGCACCCCAAGCAGCCCAUCCCCUCCCUGGUGACAUUAAACAACAUUAAGGCCUUCGUGUGA